UAAUUUUUGGUUAGAUGCACGUAUCGAAGCACGGCCAAGAAUUGCUUGCAAAUAUUGAGGUGCCGGACCGUGCGUUCCAGUCUUCGCGUGCGAAAACCUCCUAGCAAACGUUGCAAGAGUAGGGCGUUCGGGCAACGGUCGUGUGUCGUGCUGCAAUACCACCUGACUCCGUUGGAAAUUUGCGGGAACAUCUGUCUUCACUGACUGCGACCGCGACGUCGUCUCGAGGAAAAGAAAAAGUGGUGGUGGGCUCCAGCGUUAAGGCGAGCUCGCGCGCAACAGGCCAGCCAGAGUCUUGGACAGCCAGCAGUCGGACACAAGGUUCAAUCGAAACGUUGGGGCCCCCGAGAGCACCUCCUCAGAAACAGUCGCGAAUGAGCAACGGUCAAAACAAUUUUAGCCAUGGCGUGUGUAAGUUCAAGUCGUCGAGUUUGUGCCCGUGCACAGGAGAAAUUGUGUCAGUUACUCGUGGUGAAGAAUAAUGCUGUGAGGCCGUUGUCGUCCCCGAGCGCGGGAGGAACUGUUGUUUUAAGUGGUGGUCGUUACGCGCCCUUUGCCGCCAGGAAGUACUCGUCGCAAGUGUCGUCCUCGAAAGGAGGCUAUGCCCCGUGGUUACCCAGCGCGUCCGCGAUCUUCUACAACCCCGACCCGGGGUCGCCCCGUCACCAGCUAAACGGAUUUCUAACGCUCAGCCGAACAAUUUCAAGUGCAAGGCAGUUCUCGACGGCAUUCAGGGCCGAGUCAGAGUAUUCACACAAUUAUUCAAAAUCAGGCUCAGUAGUCACAUCACCAAAAUACUCUUGCAAUAAGCCAUGCACAAACACAACUCAUCACUCAUGUAUAAGAACAUACAGUUCUGUACAUACACAACAGCCAGCUGGACCAGUACGAGAGAUACAAGUCGAUCCCUAUCUACUACUGGAGGAUGAUCUUAAAUAUAUAUAUGAUGACAUACGAAAGUUACUUCUACAAGCUUCAAGCCAAAUGGAACUGAAAACAAUAUCAUCAUAUUAUUUUGAUGGACAAGGAAAAGCCCUCAGACCAAUGGUAGUAAUGUUAAUGGCUAGAGCUGUAAAUUAUCACAUGAAUAAAGAGUCAGGGAAUUUACUGGAACGACAGCGGCAAAUUGCGAUAUUUGCUGAAAUGGUUCAUUCAGCAAGUUUAGUUCAUGAUGAUGUCAUCGAUAAUUCAGAUUUUCGUCGAGGGAAACCCAGUGUCAACGUAUUAUUUAAUCACAAAAGGGUAACAAUGGCGGGUGAUUAUAUUUUGGCAAUUGCAUCAAUAAUCAUAGCAGGUCUGAAAAAUGACGAUGUUACAAUAAUUCUCUGCCAAAUUUUAACUGACUUAGUGCAAGGUGAAUUUAUGCAAUUGGGCUCAAAGGAAACGGAAAAUGAAAGAUUUGCACAUUACUUAACUAAGACAUAUAGAAAGACAGCAUCGUUAAUUGCUAAUACACUUAAAGGCGCUGCAGUAUUGGCAGGAGCAGAAGAGUCACUAUCCGAAUUGGCCUUCCAAUAUGGACGCAACAUUGGAUUAGCGUUUCAAUUAGUCGAUGAUCUGUUGGAUUUCGUUUCUUCAGCCGAGCAAAUGGGCAAACCCACAGCUGCAGAUUUAAAAUUAGGAUUGGCAACCGCUCCGGUACUCUUCGCGUGUGAAAAGUUCCCUGAAUUGAACCCGAUGAUUAUGCGCCGUUUCCAAGAACCAGGCGAUGUCGAACGAGCCUUUGAACUAGUGCACAAAUCACAUGGUCUAGAACAGACACGAUUCUUGGCCCGAAAACAUUGUAUCGAGGCAAUCCGAUUGGCACAAGAAAUGGCCGAUUCACCGUACCAAAAAGCUCUUUGUGUAGUCAGCGAUUUAGUCAUCAAUCGAAUGAAAUAAUAAUAAAUAGACCCAUUGCUAUUAUUAACUUUACUUUUUAAUUAUCAUUAAUAAUAUUAGAGCUAUUGUAAUGAUGUCGUUAACAUAUAGAGACCUUUAUAUUUUGUUGAUAUAGCGGGAAAUUAGGGAUCUAUUCUUAAUGAGCGUUUUCAAUUUUCCUUUUAUUUUUGUUUCAUUGUUGAUGUUUGAAAGUGUGAAUGAGUAUUUUUGUAUGAAUGAGCGAAUUAUUUAGUACGAAUGUAAUUCUGCCUAAAUUCUGUUUUUCACUUCGUUUUAGUUUUUCAUUAUCAUUUCAUGAAUAGCUUGCAUCCAGGGCAGCUAUUAUCGUUCAUCGUCUGUUGACUUGUUCAUGAGAGAGCUCAUCACCACGAAGGGAGCGAACAAUGGUAUAUUGAAGGUGCAAUAUGUCUCAUUGAUCGGCUCUUGAAAUUGAGCUGCUUCCAUUGCGGGAAACAUUGGGGAGGUUCGCCAUUUCAUACGUUUCCAAAUCACGAAUCAUCAGGAAUUGUUAGGUUUGAAAUAGGAGCAAAGUCCUUUACGCUAUACGAUCUAUCUUAGGUGUUAAUAAAGGUAUUGCCUAACGAAAUUUCGGGCUGCGGUUAAAACACUUUCAAAGUAUCUGAAUAAAAGCAGUUUUUGUAAUUGACAACAGAUGAUCGACGAUAGGUUGAACAUGUCUUUUCUAUUUGUAAAAAAGUAAACCAAAGGCAUCGCAAUCCGCCUAUGUAGCCAAACUGAAGUCUCAGUAGGCUUGUAGUUGUUGUAUGAUUUCAUCCUCUACCAUUGCAGAUAAUUAAGACGCAAAAUUACUUCGAUGAAUUUGGAAAAGAAGGAGAAUGUAUUUAUAUGUAAAAAAAGAUCAAUUAUGACAAUGAUAUUGUAUAAAAAGUUGUUUUUAUUGCUAAAAGUAAAAGAAGAAAUGUUGCGUGUAUAUAAAAUAGAUGAAAUAUUGUAAAUAAUUUUGUAAGGUGAACAACGAGGAACAACAAAUAAAAUGAUAAAAAAUUCACAAAAAUAGAAAAGUUUUAUAAAAACGAAAGUAUUCAGGACGCAUGUAUUGUACAAAACUCACUUAUUUUAAAGCACCAAUCGUCAAAGGUCUUAUUUCAAGUUUUUAUCCUUUUAAUUUAUUUUUUAUUGUAUAUUAUCAAUUUUGAAAUGAAUAUAGUCCUGUUUAGUACUUAUGAAUUGCAUGUUCUUAGUUCAGCGCAGAGACGAUUGCUGCUUUCAAAAAAUUUGUAAUUGAACACGAAAUCUAGUUGGAAAAUGUAAACUAGGAAUUUUUAGGGAGCAUCAGGAACAAAUUUUUGUCUCAAGUUAGAUGAAUAAAACUACAAGUUCUGCAAA